CUGAAAUCCCAAAAAAAAAAAAAAAAAGUCUGGCGACUCUCUUCCUUUCUCCUUCCUCUCGCACACACCUUCACGCAAUGACGCCAACCUUCGAAAUUUAUUCCACCUCCCUCGCUUCUCAAAUCUUCCCGCCCCCUCCUCAAACUUAUAUCGGACGCUACGUUUCUCCGGCGGCGGCGGCGGAGGCGGAACCUUUCCUGUCAAAUCUACCGACCAAUUCUCUCCGGCCAGCUCGAAUUUCAGGAAAUUUUGGGGGAUUUUAAGUUUGCUGUGGCGAAGGAUCGAUGGAGAAACCCAGUAAAUGUGCUGUUUGCCACCAUUCAUUUCGUGCUUCAAUCUGCGUAGCUUGUGUUAAUCGCGGGUUAAAUGAAUACAAAAUCAUGUUGGACUCGUUGAAGAGCCGUCGGGAUAUUUCAUACUUGAGAUUAAGUGGUUUGCUUGUCACAAAGGAGAAAGCAAUGAGUCAACGUUGUUGGGUGGAGCUUCAGAAUGAGAAGCUUGCUAGGCUGCGGGAGAAGCUCCAGCUACAAGUGGAUAAACUGCAUAAAAGUAAAAGCACAUUUCGGAGACUAUCUCACAAUCUGAAAGAGAGAUAUGGCAUUAUCGAAUCAACUAACGUUGCUUUGGAAAAGAGCCGUGUUCGCCACUUGGGGAGCCACUAUUCAGAUACUAUUGGCAAUCACUACUUGGUAUAUAUCGAGCUUACUUCAGAACGCCUUUAUAAACAGGCUUUGGUCAUGAAACAGAUUUGCAAAUUAUUCCCUCUAUCCAGGGUGACACUAGAGGGCCAUAACAAAGAUGGGUGUAGUGGACAGUAUGAUCAAAUCUGCAAUGCUCUCUUACCACAAGGUCUCAACCCACUCUCUGUUCCGCCAAAAGAGCUCGCAGCCUCGUUAGGGUACAUGGUGCAGCUUCUGAAUCUUGUUGUGCAUAAGCUCGCAGUGCCUGCACUCCAUAAUUUGGGUUUUGGGGGUUCUUGUUCAAGAAUAUGGCAACGAGAUUCUUAUUGGAACUCACAUCCUUCUUCUCCAAGCGAUGAGUAUCCGCUUUUUGUACCAUCCCAUGAUCACUACUCCAUUGAAGAAAAGAGUUCAUGGACGGGUAGAGAUACAACCAAUUUUGGCGUCACUUCACUGAAAUCAGAUGGAAGUGUAGAAGAAGAUGAUCAUGACCUCGACGUCAUCAACCUUUCCUCUGCCUCUCCUCAAUCUGUUGAAACAUUAGGAAAUCUGCAGAGAGGAAUUGCACAUCUCAAGCAAAGCGUGGCUCACUUAACUGUGUAUGGCUACAGUUCCUUGUCUAUGGAAGUUCCUUCUGGAGCCUCGACUUUUGAAACAUUUGCAAAAUUGCUGGCCACAUUAUCUUCACUCAAGGAAGUUCAGUCUGCUUUUUCCCUUGGUUUGUCAAGUUCCAACAAGCAAAGACAGGAGCCGAACAAAUCCGUGUGGAAUUUGAACUCCUCAAGUUCCAGCACGUUGCUGAACAGCCCUCAUACUCAGCCAACAUCGUGGAACAAUAGCUAUUAUAAUGUUCCAAAUCGAGAUCCAAGCUAUAUGGUGGAGUUUCCUGAUGUGCAAAGGGACAAAAACUCUAUUGGCGAGUGGAAUUUGGUCGAGCAUCCUCGUUCUUCACAUCAACCAAUGAUUUUUAACCAUCCAAACAAGUAUUGAGGUAAAGAAAAUACGUCUUUGCAGGAACUCAGAUUGUCGAUAUGUAUGUUCAUUGUUCAUUACCCUAAGCAUCUUCAAUUCUAGGCACCCAUAAAUGGUGCAUUUGAUCUAAUUCUUGAUACGUCUUCUUCUGUAAUUUGUGUUAACAUGUAUAUUUAGUAUCAUAGCAAAUUAGCAAUUGCUUCAUUCUUAUUCUUUUGGAGCAAAGUGGAGUA